AUGACCUCGAGUGAACUAAAAUUCGCGCUUCUCGUCGAAAAUACACUAAAUGGAAUUCCGGAGCCAGAAAGAAGGCAAAUGGUGGUCGAAGCACUUUCUGUUCUUUCUAUGCUCGCUUCUUUUCAGACAAAAGUUAACGUUGAAUGGAUAAUUGAUGUGGACGUCAUUCUCAGUCUAGCUGAGCAAUUUUUCCGGGAAGAUCAAAUUCUGGAAGGCAUUCAGAGCGACGUGAGCCACGAGGACUUUUACGAUUCUGCUCCGACUGGAAGAUUCGGGACAAUGGCGUAUCUCGUCCGCGCAUGUACGGAUAUUCUGGAGAAAGAAGCCGAGCAAGGAGAAUCCAAGCAUUGUGCUGUGCAAUAA